CCAUCGGGCGUUUUUUGAGGCCCAUCGCACAGGCGAAGACCCCACUGCUCGAUUUCUUGGUUUUGGGGCUUUGGUUUAUAAGGUCUUGAUGGAAAUGCGUCUUGUCGAGGGUCGGUUUUUUCUUUCUUUCUCUCUCUCUCUCUCUCUCUCUCUCUUCUCUUCUCUCAUCCUCCCUCCUGGGUUGUGUUUGGGGACCUCGGGAGUGGCUGGUCUGACCUUACUUCCAGGCUACCAACAUUAAGUCCGAAGCUCUCCUGCUUCAUUAAUCUCCGAAAAUGCCUCGCUCAAUCCCUCCCAAUUUCCACGUCGCCAUCCCGGAACCAGACCCCCAGCCAGCCGGGAAUGAUGGUCGAAGGACGGCCGCGCGAACAGCUCCCCCCUCACCUUCCGCGGUCCGACGAACCCAUAGUCUUCUCUCGGAGGUUCAAACCGCCCAUGAGCCCUUAGUGCCUCCCGUGGAAGUCAGCGAGACAACAAGCCUCCUCUCGAAACCCCCUGACAACCGGCGCGGCUUGUCGUUCCGGUCAUACACCAAUCUGUCUGGGAAUUCGGGGUCCGACACCAACUUCAGGCACACCUUGAUGGCGGGUAGUAUCCGUCGGUCCCGACAUCAUAGCCGAGCGAACUCUCAGGCCAUCCGCUUUAGCCGGCGGAGCAGUUUCGAUGCGGAACCGCCUGAGAGCAUCGCUCCCUCCGCCAAAGAUGGCAUGGCCGCGUCAUUUCUCGAUGAACGAAGCUGGUAUGAUCAGUUCACAUCCACCGACUGGGUGCACGACAGUAUAGCCGAUGGGGCGCGUCUUCGGGAGCUGCGCAGGCGGAAGGAUGUUCGCGGUCGCCUGCUGUCAUGGCUUGAUGGUUCCCAGGGUUGGGUCCUGGUUGCUUUGAUUGGCUGCAUUACAGCUAUCAUUGCGUAUUCUGUGGAUGUGACAGAAGAGUUCUUUUUCGACGUGAAGGAGGGCUUUUGCACCACACGCUGGUUCCAUAGCCGUCAAAGCUGCUGCACAGGUGGCGACGAUUGCCCCGCCUGGCGGUCGUGGUCCCAGAUCCUCGGGCCAGCAGACCUGGAUAACCCCUGGGUCGAUUAUAGCAUGUUUGUUUUCUGGAUGGUUCUCCUUUCCGUCAUCUCGUGCUUCCUGACGUUGCUCACGAAGACCGUUGUCCCGUCUUCUGUUUCUUUGACAACCCUGGAUGAAAAUCUAGGUGCUUCUUCGUCGCGAAGUACGAGAGGGCACAACGGGGUCGGAAACUCUCCGGGAUCUGAAUCCAGCCCGCAAGGGCUCGGUCCUGCCAUUCCCACGCGUCCGGCCAUGGUCUACUAUUCAGCAGCAGGAAGUGGUGUGGCUGAGGUCAAGGUCAUUAACAGUGGUUUCGUUCUGCAUGGUUACCUGGGCUUUAAGACUUUGCUGAUCAAGACUAUCGCUCUAGUCUUCAGCGUCUCAUCAGGUCUCAGUCUGGGCAAGGAGGGUCCCUACGUGCACAUCGCGACAUGCGUUGGAAACAUUUGCUGUCGCAUUUUCGACAAAUACAACCACAACGAUGGAAAGAGACGUGAAGUGUUGAGCGCAAGUGCUGCGAGUGGAGUGGCAGUGGCAUUCGGAUCGCCCAUCGGCGGUGUUCUCUUUAGUUUGGAGGAAGUCAGCUAUUAUUUCCCGCCAAAGACCUUGUUCAGAACCUUCUUCUGCUGUAUCGCGGCAGCUUUGUCUUUGAAAUUCCUCAACCCCUACGGCACGGGUAAAAUCGUCCUGUUCCAGGUCCGGUAUCUAGGCGACUGGGAGAUGUUUGAGAUGGUCAUCUUUAUUUUCUUGGGUGUACUUGGAGGGGCUCUAGGAGCUCUGUUCAUCAAAGCCUCUAGUCUUUGGGCUCGGUCGUUUCGACGAAUUUCAAUUAUCAAGCGCUGGCCAAUGCUCGAGGUUGUCCUGGUGGCCAUUCUGACUGGUUUGGUUAGCUUUUGGAACCGUUACACCAAGAUGCCAGUCUCCGAGCUCUUGUUCGAGCUAGCUAGUCCCUGUGACCAUGAAUCCUCUUCGCCGACCAGUCUGUGUCCACGUGAAGAUGGCAUCGGCGAGAUCAUCCAGUACCUGCUGGUGGCUUUUGUCAUCAAGAGUUUCUUGACCGUUGUGACAUUCGGCAUCAAGGUGCCUGCCGGCAUUUACGUCCCGUCCAUGGUUGUCGGCGGUCUCAUGGGCCGCAUCGUUGGCCAUGUAGCACAGUACUUGGUUUUGAAGUAUCCCACCUCUUUUCUUUUUGGAACGUCGUGCCCAGCUAUUGCAGGCAUGGAAUCAUGUGUGACCCCUGGAGUGUACGCGAUGGUUGCAGCGGGCGCUACUAUGUGCGGUGUGACACGUUUGUCCGUGACGCUUGCUGUCAUUCUCUUCGAGUUGACCGGCAGCUUGGACCACGUGCUCCCGUUCUCCGUGGCUGUUCUAUGCGCCAAGUGGACUGCGGACGCCAUCGAGCCUCGCAGCAUCUAUGAUCUGUUGACCGAUAUGAACUCAUACCCAUUCCUGGACAACAAACUUCAGCCAGUGUCGGAUGCGCAGCUCGGAGACCUGGUUCGGCCCGUUCGCUCCAGUCGGGUCAUUGACAUCUCGGGCUCGUCGUUUGUGCCUGCAAGGGAGCUGCGUUCGAAACUCCAGAACCUGCUUAUGGCGGGUGAACUUGAUGGAGGGCUACCGAUUCUGCGACAUGGCAUUCUGACGGGGCUAAUUCCAGCACCCGAUCUUGAAUACGCGCUUGAUAACCUCGGGGACGAAGAGAACACGCUAUGCUUGAUGAGUCUGGACACCUCGUCAGUUAUUUCCGACAGUGAUGACGAGGACCGUAUUGAUCGGGCGGACUUCAGCCGUUUCAUCGAUCCGUCACCUAUUGCCUUGGACAUUCACUCGCCAAUCGACCUUGUGUUCCAGUGUUUUGCCAAACUAGGCCUGCGCUACCUAUGUGUGCUGCACGAUGGCCAAUAUGCCGGCUUGAUACACAAGAAGGCUUUUGUCAAGUACAUGAAGGAGCACGAGUGAUUCUUUGUGCACUGUUACGAAGCAUUUAAAGUUCGAUUCCUACAACACUCGUUUGGUGAAGUGUUGUUACACGUGUUAUGACUACUAAUCCAGCAGGAUCAGGCUGCAUG